CCCAAGACGGCCCAAGAGGCGCCCAAGAUGGCCCAAGAGGGCCCCAUCCGUAGCCAUUUUGGCUCAAGGCUCCACCUUCCCAUUGUUGCCCAUGCCGCGAUGUUGUGCCCAUGGCACUGCCAACCAGCCAAUUUGGUCGAUGUGGCCGACCAAGCAACCUGCCAACUAUCCAGGCAGUUGCCGAGUGGUCAGGUCGGGCAGGACGCUAUCGGUAAGUUAGAAGCUUGCCUUAAAGAGUCGAUCAGUAAAGCUUUCAGUACGAAGCCAUCGGACGAAUUUCCUGACACAGCAGUGCAAGGGGCUCCAGACUUGGUGCAUGACCUGUAUGGUUGCCAGACUGGGGAGGAUUUUUGGGACUUGAGAGGCAGGUUUUCGGACAAGAACAAGUCGACGUUUAAGGGCAGCAGUGGUCGAAAUGGCGUCCAGUGUCAGUUCUCGCUGAGCGUUGGGGUCCUCAUGGAGCAGGAAGUUCCGAGUUCGGCAGAGCCUUGUCCAAGCGGGACGUCGCAGUCUGGCUUAGUGAAGACGGUUGCCGUCCAGUUCCACGACAUACACGUAGAGCGCGUUAGCCCUGUGAUGCAAAGGCGGGGCAGUGCGACCAGUGGGAUUAGCACGUGCCCUGAUUUGACUCACAAGAGUUUUGAUAAGGAGUUGCCCUUCGGUGCAAUCGAAGAUGAGGUGCUGGCCCAUUUUAUUCGAAACGCCAGGGCAGACUGCGUAGCAGUGCCGAAACACAAACUACUGACGUGUGACGCGUGCUCCUCCCAGCUUCAUUUAGAUUCGAUACGCGCCGUGGCGGACAUAAUCACAGAGGCCGUAGUCAAGGUGGUGCACAGAGUGCGGACGAGAAGUGGAUGGGGGUGCGACCUGUGGUGGAAGGAAGGUGAGGACCCGAUUCAGGACCCUGAGAACAGCUUGAGGACGUGGAACGACGCCCUCUUGGCGUGGUCGAAGCAGUUCGAGCACGUCAACAAAAGGUCCAGCGUGGAGGCGAGCCUCUGGCCACAUAGACCAGAGGAUGUUGAAGACCGCGAUCGGUUGGGAAGCCCAUGCGACAGGCUCUGGUCGGCUGUGCGGGACUCUGAUUAUGACAUGGUGAAAGACGUGUUGAGCGAUCCAUCGCAGGCGGCCUGGCUGUUGCAGAUCAGGCGGCGAUUCAAGGUGAAGUACAACCCGAAAAUUCUCAGCGGUCCGGUGCUCACUCUGGCCAUUAUGAACUAUGACUACGCCAGUGCAAAUGCCAAGAUCGAGGACGAGAAGGAUCUCAACAAGAGGAUCGUGCAUUUGCUACUGGAUCGCAAAGCCAACGUUGACGCAACAUACGACUUGUUUCCAGCAGGCGCCCAACAUGCGCAUGUAACAAGUCCUUUGUGUUUUAUAGCAAUGCGGAAAGCGUCGCUCGAUGUUUUCAGAGAUCACGGCGCUGACCUACUUCGCAGGUCGAAGGUGAAUUACCACGAGCACAGCGAUAUUUUGAGGGAGGCAGCUUGGGCAAAGAAUGAAGAGAUCGCGCAGUGCCUUUUGGGCUGGAUGGAGCAAGACGAGAAGCUGUCAUAUUUAGCAACAAGUGCUUCGAGAGGAUGGCAUUCCGACCACCCCCCGCUCUCCAGGGAGAGUUGCGCCCGUCGCACCACGGCGCUUGGGAGGGCGAUCGAUGUGAGGAUGAACUGCGUCGAGAGGCUGAUCUCCCACGCGCAAAAGUGGACGAGGGAGACCCUGGAGUUUGACAUCACGCAGAUUCUUCCAACCAUGCACCCUCGCAUAUUCACUCAGCUCUUGGACUGCAAGUUUGACCUGCGGUCGAAGCUGUGCUUCCUCAUGUGGAUCCCGGAGGCGACGGCACAGAAGAUGCAUCGCACGCUCUUGGAGCAGAUGUGGCAAACUCUUCAGAGACACGACAAGGUCAUGGCAAAUGGAGAAUUGUGUAAGGAAUGGACGGAAGAGAUCAAGCAGUUGUCUGGGGAACAGCACGUGCGAGCAAAGAGGUUGAUUGCCUUGCUGAUUCAUCACGCUCCAAAGGCAGCCACAAUACUUCUAGAUAGCUUCUUUCUGCAGGAGCCCACAGUGGAGAGGCCGAACAGAAAUCCCGUGGCAAUGCAGGCUGUAAUCGACAGGUACACAGAAAUGAACACAGUGUCGGCGCACGACGGCACAUGGACGUUCAACGGCAAGAAUAUGCAAGGGUGCCAGCCCUGGCAAUCUGCGUUGGUAUCCUGCUCCACUCUGUUCGAUGCGCUGGACUCGUGGGUUCUUGCGGUCCAGUCAACGACUUGUUGCCGGCGACUGCGCUUCCUAUGGUCUCGAGUUUCGAGGUGGCUAGUCUUACACGACAUGCACAGCGUUUUGCAUGUACUCCAGCUCUGUGCACAAUGCCGUGCAUCGUGCUGGGGAUUCCUCCGCGGUUAUUCCACCGCAUCCGACAUUAAGGUGUCUCGGUUCUGCCAGAUACGCGUAGUGCACUUCAAGGGGAUGCUGGACAUACGUAUGUUUCGUGCAAUGACCCAGAUGCCUGUUCAAGAGCAGGUUGACUUGUUGCAAGCGUGUACCACGCUACGCGCUGUUGUGUGCUACACGUACGGGAAGUGGACGUGGUUUAGCACUAUUUUAUUCUUGGAGAAUGUCGUGCAAAUGUUGACGCUCGUGCUGGUAUGUGUCAGGGACGCUGACUUGCACGAGCUGGCUGUGUAUUGGUUGCUCUUUAGUGCGCCAGCGAUUGCCCAGGUGAUAUUCGAUGUUGUGAUGUUUGUGUUAUUUGUAAUGUCAGCGCUGCGAAGCCUCAGCGACGAGCUGAGGAUCACGAAGUCCAUGUCGAGGAGGGCAUUCGUGGAUCCACUGCACCACGCGGCAGGUGUCUAUCUCAUCAGUUGCGGCUGUUGGGAGGAAAAAGAAGGCCCACGACCAGAGGCAUGGACUUGGUGUCUAGUCUUGGCCCUGCUAAUCAAGCUGUUCAGGAUCCUUGAUCAUUUGUCGAGAGAAAGCAAGAUGGGGGAACUGCUCAUUCCCAUGACCGACGCUUUCAUGGACCCAAAGAUGAUUAGCAUGCUCAUCUUACUCAUACUAUGCUGGAUAAUAUCCGUUGCAGUGCUUCAAGCAGUUCAAGGGCUGUUCGGGCAGGACACUUUGCCACAUACACUUCUGAAGACUUGGGUGAAUCUCAUCGUGGGGGAGCCUGUGAUGCUCGAUGUAGAACACUUCGAUUCGCCCUGGUAUGAUUCCGCCUUGAUAGUUGUAUUCCAUUUUGUUUUCAGUGUCGCAUUUCUUAACAUGUUGCUAGCCACGACCAUCGAUACCUACAACAAGAAGAGCGUCAGCUUAAAAGGCCGCCUCAUGCUGAGGAAGAAAAACGUUUACAUGCACUGGCUCACACAGCGGGAGUGCAUGCUCGAUUCUUACCGCUACCUGUUCGAUUCCACGCCGCACCGAGCGAAGUUCUGGGCGUUCGUCGCGGUGGUCACGACCGUGGCUAUCCUCCUUGUCGUGGAGGCGCUGUCCGUCUGGAUGAGCGCGAUGACGCCGGCUUGGCUGCCGGCGAUGAUCGUUACCACAGUUCUGCUUGGUUGCAGAGUGCGUUUCAUGCUGCAGAGCGCGCUGGUGCCGGAGGGCAGCAACAGUUCUGUCGACGGGGCCUGCGGCGGCGCCGGGAAGCAGUUCGAUGAGCCGCCGUUCCUCUGGGCGUGCACUCCGGAGAGGUUCGACAAGUCCUGGGUGGAGGAGAGCGACGACAACAACGCGGCAGGCACAAUGGAGAGCCGGAUGGGGACCUUGCAGCAAAGCAUGGACUUCCUGAAGGAGAGGGAGGGCACGAUGGAGAGCCGGAUGGAGUCUUUGCAUGAAGACAUUGUCUUCCUGAAGGAGCUCCUGCAACGGCGGCUGCCGCCAGAUCCACCUGACCUGACAUGAGUGGCUCUUGCCAUAGGCCUCCAUCCUCCCAGGGCUUCCCUCCUUACUCGUCUAUCCUCCUUCAUAGAAGAUACGGUGAUAAGUUGGCUCGGAAACCCAGGGGAUGCGUUUUUGUUUGAAUCGGCACAGCUGGCUCUCGCGCGCCAAAGGAUGGGCAGUUGCUAUGACGUUGCGAUGACAGGUUGGCCCUGUUACCCCCACAUGACCUGUCCGAAUCGUGUACUUACGUCUCACUGUCUCACUGCAUCCUAGUCGUCUGGCAAACGUUACGUGUCUGCGCCUGCACUGCGUUCAGCUCAAAUGUUUGGCAAGCUCACCUUGCCUGGGACUGUGAACUGUAGGCUCUGUCUCCUGUCCGCGCCGCCCCCGGAUCAAAAAGGUUGCUCCUAAUGUGGUUUCCUCGCUCUCGGCCCUCCUUUCCCCCUCCUCCAUUCCUGCCCCCGCGGCCUCUCGCGUUUAAUUUUGACGAGGGCCGGCAGAAGUCUCCACGGGCAUGCUCCCGCAGAAAGGCACUCGGGAUUACACGCACGCCCGAGCUGCUCAAGCAUGUCGUUUUCCCCGCCGCUGCGUUCGCAGAAAGGCACCCGGGGUUGCACGCACACCCGGGCUGCUGACGCAGUUUUUCUGUUUACUCGACGCUUCCGCGCGCCAUCCGCUGCAGGGCGGGGUGCGGCCGGGGACUUUUCCAGCGCCUUCUGCAUGCGACUUCCGCACGCAGUACCGCAUCGUUUCCUCUUGCUCCUCCCGCGGCGGUGCGCGCCGGCGCAGCCGACGGGCCGGCCCGGCGAUGCGUCGGCGACUACGAGGCGUAGCUCGCGACGCACACAUUCGAGAUCCGAUGUCAAAAA